AUGAAUCAAGCAGCACGCGCCUUGAAUGAAAUAUCACAAAGCCUUAAUUUCAACAAGAGACUUCCUCCUUUGGAUGCCUAUGAAGGUCUAGAUACACCUCCACAACUUGAAUACACGGAUCAGACUUCCUGGAUUACUAGCCACGCAAAUAAUUAUGCUCCUUCUGCCAUCGUUCUCUCCCAAGCAAAGUCAGGCACAUGGCAACAAAUGCUCGCUAGUCUCGAGGCAAUCAACAGACUUCGUCAUCCAAAUGUUGGAGAGGCAUACAUCAAGUGGAGAAGUCAAGACAUGCUUGUCAAACGUCUCUGGGAGGAUGUGAAAUUCCCUGGUGUAGAUCCAGAUCCAGUCUAUACACAAAUCCGAAGAAAAUACUGUGCAGCUGUUAAAAAGUUGAUCAAUGAGAAGGCAGAAAAAGGAGAGGAUGACACUGCUGCUCUUAUCUUCCUCAACGAAACUUAUAACAAGAAACUCAUGUUAGCACGAAAAUUUGAGGUUAGUACCGAGAGCUUCACUGACCGCGUUCGUGCUAUCAAGGCCAAGAAGGCUAAGGAGGCGCAGGAGGCUAAGAACGCUGAGAAGAGAAUCCAGGAGAUUGAGGCAGAAGAAGAGAGAGAAGAGAUGAUGGAGCAGGGCGAAGACGAGGACUUUGUGGUUGUGGAGAUGGAGGAUGCGGAUGAUGAGGAUUUCGAAUGGGAGGGUGAUGAUUGGGAUAUGUCUUGA